AUGUGGUCUAACAAAGGAAGAGCUAAACCGAGUUGGUCCAUUCUCAAGUGCGAAAGAACUGUGGGAGAAGCUGAUCGAGCUGCACAAAGGCACCUCCGAUACGAAAGGUCGACGUACCAAGAGGCGGUAAAAAACAACGUAAGGGUCAAAGGAGUGCUCGUGGCUAAUCCGUCGAUCCCUCUCGGCACCACCAUGGACAGGGAGACCCUCCGGUCGUUGGUCAGCUUCGUCAACGACAAGAACAUCCACUUGGUCGUGGACGAGAUCUUCUCCGGCACCGUGUUCGACUCCCCGGACUUCGUCAGCGUGGCGGAGAUCGUGGAAGACGAGCCCGGAAGGUUCAACCGCGACCUCAUCCACGUGGUCUGCAGCCUCUCGAAGGACCUCGGACUGCCGGGGUUCCGCGUCGGCGUCAUCUACUCCUUCAACGACGCCGUGGUGCGGUGCGCCCGCCGGAUGUCGAGCUUCGGGCUGGUCUCGACGCAGACGCAGCAUCUGCUGGCGGCGAUGCUGGGCGACGAGGAGUUCACCUCGAUGUACCUGGCGGAGAGUCGGCAGCGGCUGGCAGAGCGGCGGAGGACCUUCGAGGCGGGGCUGAGGGAGGUCGGGGUCCGGAGCCUGGACAGCAACGCGGGGCUGUUCUGCUGGAUGGACCUGCGCCAUCUGCUGGAGGCGAAGACGGUGGAGGAGGAGCUGAAGCUGUGGCGAAUCAUCGUGCACGAGGUGAAGCUGAACAUCUCGCCGGGGGCCUCGUUCCACUGCGCCGAGUCGGGGUGGUUCAGGGUGUGCUUCGCCAACAUGGACAAGGACACGAUGGACACGGCGUUGGGCAGGAUCAGGGCCUUCAUGGCCCGCGCCGAAAGGCACAGGGCGACGAACGAGAAGAAGAAGAAGUGGGCGGCGGCCGCGGCGCUGCGGCUGAGCCUGCCAAGGAACGGUCGGCGCUACGACGACAUUCUCAUUUCGCCGCAUCUAGCCAUGUCGCCCCAUUCUCCGCUCGUUCGCGCCGCCACCUGAUCGCCAUCCGAGCCAACUUUUCGAUUAUUAAAUUAUUAUUAUUGUCUUCAUUCUUUCAUUACCGACAGACAAUAGGCAAAAAUUCCAACAUUGUUAGAUGAAAGAAGGUUGCUAAAACGAAAACGCAACCACUUCGUUCUUUUUAUUUAUAUCAAUUAGAUAAAUGAAUCAAAUGGCAGAGUUCUUAAAAA